AUGUCUCAGCUCGAGCGCUCACUCAAGGCGACAAGCCUCUCAGAGACGCUCAGUACAUACAACGAAUGGGCAAACACCUACAACCAAGACGUCGAGAAAGAAGAAUACGUCGCUCCCCAACUCGCAUCUCAAGAUCUAGUUACCCAUCUCGGCACUCCAAUCUCCGAAGCUAAAAUACUCGACGCCGGCUGCGGAACAGGUCUCGUCGGCGAAGCGCUCACAAAACUCGGCGCGUCAAACAUUCACGGCAUCGACCUAAGUUCGGGCAUGCUCCAAGUCGCUGAGCGAACAGGCGUGUACAAAUCACUCAACGUCGCGAAUUUGGCUGAAAAGCUUGAUGUUCCUUCACAGAGUUAUGAUGCGGUUAUUUGUGUCGGGACUAUGACGGAGGGUCAUGUUGGACCUGAGGCUUUUGAUGAGUUUGUUAGAGUUACCAAGGCUGGGGGCGUUAUUGUUUCGACGAUUCGGGAGUCGGUUUGGCAGGUGAAGGGUUAUGAGGAUAAGGUUGAUGGAUUAGGUGAUGAGGGGAGGGUGAAGAUUGUGGGGAGGAAGAGGGAGCUUCAGAGGAUUGGGGCUGGUGUUUAUGCGUAUUUUGUUGUUUUACAGGUUCAGUAG